ACACCGAACGUGCAUCUAUAAUCAAUUUGCACUCUUCCAAAUGGAGCCUAAAAAUAAGUAAACAAUUUUGUGGGUCAGCAGUUACACCACUUAAUUGAAUGCUUGAUAAUUAAAAGGAGCCAAGCAUUUGACAUCAUAAAUAAAAAAAAUACAAAUUAUAUAUAAAAAUAGAAGAAAUAAGUGGUUGAAGUUUUUUUAUCAGGGUAUCCAUACAGUGGCCUCUGGGAAGUUGGAAUAUUCCUUGAGCAUAGAUGUUUGGAGAUUGAUGAACUGAGAUCAUAUAUAUCAGAAGAUACAGCAGCUACUAUAUUAAGCCUAAUAGCGGUUUAAGUAACUUUGAUUGAUGAGUGAGUGCGUGUGCGGCCAACCAUCCACGAUAAGACCAUUAUUUGUCCACACCCUUUAAAGGGUUAAAGCUCAAGAUCCCCCUCGCCUUUGAAAACCAUUCUCAUCGCGCACUACAACGCCCACCAACUUUUCUCACCUUUAUCGAGCGUUACUAAAGUUGUGUCGAGAGCCAAAGGCCCAAAGCCUUCACGAAAUCAGUGAACUCCAUCAUCCAUCUUUUUUUUUUCUUCAAUUUUAAGAAACGUAACCAGCAGAUAUACUGUGUGUGAAGAACAAAGGUACCACACCAAUUGAUCAUUUUACUCAGUAAACAUGUCCACGACUACAUCAGCAUUGGAAGAGGACCCAAGAGAGAAAAUCCCCAGCCAGCCAUCUUCACCUCUCACUCAGGAUCAGGAAUGGCCGACGACGGGCCUCAAACAAGUGGUGCUCUCGGAGCUAAAGAUGCAACGGGGAAUUGCCAUUCCGUUGAUGGCCAUGAAUUUGACGUGGUUUGCGAAGCUCGCCAUCACAACUGCAUUUCUUGGUCGGCUGGGGCAGCUGCAACUAGCGGGAGGGGUGCUUGGUUUCACCUUCGCCAACGUCACCGGAUUUUCGGUCUUAAACGGGCUCUGUGGUGCCAUGGAGCCCAUCUGUGGACAGGCUUACGGAGCAAAAAACUACAAGCUCCUUCAUAAGACGCUCGUCAUGGCCACCUUUCUCCUACUACUGACAACUAUUCCGGUGGCUCUCUUAUGGAUCAACGUCGAUAAGAUCCUCAUACGCUUUGGCCAACAGCCGGACAUCUCAGUCGUUGCAAAGAAUUAUCUUAUGUAUCUUCUCCCCGACUUGGUAGUCAAAUCGUUUCUUUGUCCUCUCAAGGCCUAUUUGAGCUCUCAAAGCAUAACCAUUCCAAUUAUGUUGAGUUCAGCUGUGGCGCUAGCCCUUCACCUGCCCACCAACAUAUUGCUCUCGAAGGCGAAAGGUCUGGAGGGAGUUUCCAUGUCGGUCUGGGUGACCGAUCUCAUCGUUGUUCUUCUGCUUGCUUUAUAUGUCCUGGCGAUGGAGAGUAGACAAAGUGAAAGGUGGAAAGGAGGGUGGUGGGAUCAAGGAUAUAGUGAGUGGGUGCAGUUAUUGAAGCUCUCGGGAACGUGCUGCCUCACGACCUGCCUUGAAUGGUGGUGUUACGAGAUAUUGGUCCUACUGACAGGACGUCUGGCGAAUGCCAAAGAGGCAGUAGUGGUGUUAGCGGUGGUGCUGAACUUCGAUUAUUUGCUCUACUCGGUCAUGCUUUCAUUAGCUACCAGUGCAUCCACACGCGUAUCAAAUGAGCUUGGUGCAAACCGGUCCAGGCCUGCUUGCCAAUCUGCUUAUGUAUCGUUGGCAGUGAGCGUUAUUUGUGGAUGCAUCGGUGGUUCAGUAAUGGUAGCAGCCAGAGGUGGGUGGGGAUCACUGUAUAGCCAUGAUGAGGGGGUUGUGCGGGGCGUAAAGAAAAUGAUGUUGCUGAUGGCACUGGUGGAGGUGGUAAAUUUCCCGUUGGCUGUGUGUGGAGGAAUAGUUCGUGGAACAGCUAGGCCAUGGUUGGGGAUGUAUGCCAACCUCGGUGGCUUCUACUUGCUCACUUUGCCACUGGGUAUCGUAUUGGCUUUCAAGGUUAGGCUUGCGCUCGGUGGAUUGUUGCUGGCCUUCCUGGUAGGGAUGGUCUCGUGUUUGAUUUUGUUGCUACUGUUUGUUGGGCGGAUUGAUUGGGUUGAAGAAGCCCAAAAGGCACUACAUCUUGCUUGCGGCGCAGAUGAGCAUGAGCUAGGCGGGGGACACCAAGAUCACACCAAUUUGGAGACUGUUGAUAAUAUCAUGGUGUAAAUUUAAUAAUAUAUGACCAUUCUCCUGUUCCAACUUCCUACUA